AUGAUACCAUCUGAACUCCAGCACAGCCACCGAUCGUUAAGUUUGUAUUGACGGUUGGUCAUAGCCUCAGUUUGAACCGAUACAACGGAACUCGUCCCAACUGUCACGUCGGCUCUGAUCGUGAUCACCGAAAAACAUCAUGAGUCUACGAGAGAUCAGUGAGAACGUCAAGCUGGCUCGAGAAUACGCCUUACUGGGAAACUACAGCUCUGCGAGCGUUUUCUAUCACGGACUGUUGGAACAAAUCAAGAAGUAUGUGUACACUGUUCGAGACAGCGGUUUUCAGCAGCGGUGGCAGCAGCUGUGGCAGGAAAUCAGUGAUGAGAACCGACAAGUUCAGGAUAUUAUGUCAACGCUGGAGAACUUUCAGCUGGACACAGCGCCUGCUAAACCCAGUAACCAUGACGACUUUGACAUACGGCCCGUGCAUGUGGAGCAGAGGCACUCUCCUUGUCCUGUCAGACGGGUUUCUAACGUCAACAAAGAUAGCAAACCUUCAAACAACCGUCUGAGCGUGGCUGUGAGGGCCCAGCAGAGACACUCGCCUCGUGGAGCCAACGGGGACAGAAGCAAAGCCUCAAAGGGAAAGGAGAAGAAGGAGGCGAAAGAGGCAAAGGAGGCAGCAGGCAAAGCAAAGGAUGAUAAGAACAAAGCAGAUGUCCAGGAGAAGGAAGUGAAAAAGUUUGAUGGGACAGGAUAUGACAAAGACCUCGUUGAAGCUCUGGAGAGAGAUAUUAUAUCUCAGAAUCCAAAUGUCAAAUGGGACAACAUUGCAGAUUUAGAAGAUGCAAAAAAACUCCUAAAAGAAGCGGUGGUGUUGCCAAUGUGGAUGCCAGCAUUUUUCAAAGGCAUACGAAGACCCUGGAAGGGUGUCCUCAUGGUGGGACCUCCAGGGACGGGGAAAACACUUUUGGCCAAAGCUGUCGCAACUGAAUGCAGAACCACUUUCUUCAAUGUGUCAUCAUCGACACUAACGUCUAAGUACAGAGGAGAGUCUGAAAAGCUCGUUCGCCUUCUCUUUGAAAUGGCACGUUUUUAUGCUCCCACCACCAUCUUUAUCGACGAAAUCGACUCCAUGUGCAGCCGUAGAGGGACUUCAGAGGAACAUGAGGCCAGCAGGAGAGUGAAAGCAGAGCUGCUAGUGCAGAUGGAUGGUGUCGGUGGAGCUUCAGAAAAUGACGAUCCCUCUAAGAUGGUGAUGGUUUUGGCUGCUACAAACUUCCCAUGGGACAUUGAUGAGGCUCUGAGGAGACGGCUGGAGAAAAGGAUCUACAUCCCUCUUCCUUCAACUAAAGGGCGAGUGGAGCUGCUGAGGAUCAACCUGAAGGAGCUGGAGCUGGCCACUGAUGUGGAUUUAGACAAGAUUGCAGAGCAGCUGGAGGGAUACUCAGGAGCGGACAUCACCAAUGUGUGCAGGGAUGCCUCUCUGAUGGCCAUGAGGCGAAGAAUCGAGGGUCUCACGCCUGAAGAAAUCCGCAACAUCUCCCGGGAUGAGAUGCACAUGCCAACCACCAUGGAGGACUUCGAGUCAGCGCUGAAGAAAGUGUCUAAGUCUGUUUCUGCUGCAGACCUGGAAAAGUAUGAGAAGUGGAUCGAAGAGUUCGGUUCUUGUUGAAAACACGAGUGUGUGAUAGGUGUGUUCUAAGUCUGAAUGAUAGGAAGAGUGUAAGGCUGUAUAUUUAAUGAACAAUAGAGAUGUUGGCUCAAUGAAGUAGGUUUAUUUACUGUUUUGGAAACAUUUACACAUAAAAAAAAGCACAGGACCAGCUGUAAUAGCUGCAGAAUUACUGCUUUUGUAAUUGAAGCCGCAGCUAACGACUGUUUAUAGAUACACAUGGAUCAGAAAGGUCCACAGUGAAACCCUACAUGUCUGACCCUAAGGAAAACAAUCUCAGCCUGUCAGUGGCUAAAACAUGCACUUAUAGUGGACACACUUAAUACUUUGAAUGGUAGAUCUUGAUCUUAAAGCUGAUGUUGCAGCCAUUACAGCUCACAGCUGCUAAAAGGAGUAGUCUGCCAUUUUCCAACUGUCCUCCAUGUUUAAAGAGACUGGAAUUUCUGAUAAUCUUUAACCAUCAAACAUUUAAUAUAUAUAAAAAUAAGCAAUUGCUCUUAAAGAUGAAAAAUCAGACAACGGUGUUUCCUGAUCUCCAGACAUGAAACUGGAAUAUAAAUUAUAUGGCAAAUGUUUGUUUUUUGUUUUUUGGGGGGUUUUUUUGCCUUUGAUUUUGUUUUAAAAUUUUGUGUUUCUUUCAUAUUUUUGAUGAUGUAAAUACCUCUGAAGUCCUGUAAGAUAUUUCUAUAAAUAAAAGUGGAAACUGCUCAGAUAAAUCACUUUGUUGGAACCUUUGUUAGACCUUGAGCACCACCUACAGGUCUCAUAUCAGGUGAUCAGGUUUAAGUAGAGGCCUAAAGUGUGUUUGCUCACCUAGCCAGUGUUUUUGAUGAGGAACCCUGC